GUUCAAAAUGUCGUCCCAUCGCAACGUCUGCGUUGGUUCUCGGGUGUCGGAUCGUCAAAAGGAGCUUCUGCUGGCUUUUGUGAAAGAUCGCGACGCUGUCGUGCCCGCUGGAGCCGUCGUUCACAAGGGAGGACCGGGACGACAUGUGGCAAGAGCUAGUAGCGCUUUUGAACGAAGAAUUCCCUGCGCGUAACACCAGAGCCCAGUGGCAGGCCCAAUGGAGGAAUGAGCGCUGCUAUUCGCAGCAGGGUCUUGCCAAACUCCGAGGGCAGCAGAGCGGCACCCGAGGCGGCCAGAUUUCGGAUUACCGCGGCCGUGUCGUGCUCGACAGAGACGAGUGUGCGAGGCCCAGAGUUCGGGUGGUCUGAAUCGGUGAGCCCUGCUCCAGCUGCUGCUGGUGUGGCUGAAGAGGAUGUGGCCCAGGAUCUUCCCCGUGCCCCAACUCCUCAUGCCGCAGCUGCGAGAUGGGGGCAACCGGCAGGCCGAGGCGCUGGAGUUACUAGCCGCAAACACCAGGCGGCAGGGCCAGGCAUCAUUGGAAAGCUGCGCGAGGUUCAACUUCUCGGUGACGUGGUACACGAACUGCAAGGCGUUGGUACCCUCGCCCGGGCCCUCAUUGCAGCGGAAGCCACCUGCACAGUGAUUUGUAGACUAGUUGUACAUACAUGUAGAUUUAUUUUUGUUCACAUCACGAGCUAUGAUACGCUUGCUUGCUUCAAUGGUGCCCUGCAAUUUUUUCUCAGUUAAUUUUCUUUUUCUGCAUAUCAGAAGCACUGAUGUGCUGUUUCAUUGUACAUGCAUUCAGCAAUUCAGCAGUCAUGCAUUCAGCAAUUUUGUAGUAUAUGCACAUAGUGCACUGUAGUGUAUCUUUAUGUUUACAGUGUAUACGUGUAGAAUAUUGUGGUACACUGUACGUUUUCUAUCGAUUUUUACACAUCCUAGAAAAAAAGAAAUGCGUUUGUGAACGGUCUAGGUUGCACAACAAUUUUGAAAUAUUGCAAGACCAAAAAAUAGUUGACGAAUACGUGUUCUGUUGCUUAGAAGUGUUUAGACAAUAGGAUUGGGUACAAACAGAAAUCAAUAAUAGAGGAAGACAUAUCAGCAACCAACAACUUGCAUUUUUUUAGCGAGUUCGAUUAAUACCGGUUCGACUGUGCCUUGUUUUCAUGUAAUACAAUGACUUUCGUGCUGCGAGACGCGUGUGUUGCUGCAGAGGAGCAGCAGGCACUUUGUAGUAACUCCAUUUGUAUAUUAUAAAAGGAAGCUACUUUUAUAUUCUUUUCCUUGGCAUUAAAUUUAAGGGAUAUUUAUUUACUUUGCUUUUUAUGUGCAUUGCUCGCGAUACUUGUAAUAAAAUUUCACUUCUUACACCACCCUUGUUGUUCACCUCAUUU